GCAGCACUGCAGCCGCCGCCAUUUCAUUUUGAAUUUACCGAAAUUUUGUCUGGCGUCAUUCGCGUCUGUGCGGUGGCAUUCUGCUUUAGUAAACACAUUUCUCAUCCUAAAUUAUCUUUACAACUGGAAAACCUUGAAGGAACUUAUUUGCAAUAUAUAGUUGGUGUUUUUUUGGCCGCACGUCAAUCAGAAUCAACUUGUUUUGUGCUUUGAGGCAUGAGGCAAAUCAAGCACACAAAAUUUUCAUUGUGCAAUUUGUGCCAACACGAGAGGCGUCACUUAUCUGUGCGGAGGCAUUUUCCUUGAGCAACACAUUGUGCAAUUGAAAUCCUGCACACAUCACAUAAAUUCCUUCCAUUCGCGAAUACAAGACCCAUUCCUAUUGGCUAUGGUUGACCCAACCUCCAUCAAGGGAGAGAUCCUUGAGAUGACUGGCGAGCAUGUGGAGCAGCUCCAUUCAAUGUGGUCCCUCAUGUUCGAGCCGAAGACAUGCAAAGACUUUCUGCACAAACUCAAGGCGCACGCGGAUAAUUUCUAUACGGAUCUGCUGACCGAGUCGCGGGAGAAGCAGGCGGCCAUCCUGGAUGACAUAGCAGCACUCCGAGCCGAGGCCAGCGACCUCACCCGACUCCUCCAUGAGACGGUGGACAUUGGUGAGAGGCCCGACGAUGUGCCACUGAUCAUAUGGCAGCUGAAGCUGGACAAAAGCAUUGAGCAUCUGCGCGAGGAGCUCUCGAAACGUCGGGCGGAGAUCGGCGAGCUGCUGCUCCAGCAGGAGCAGCUCUGCGAAGAGCUGGGCGCACUGCCGCUCCCUCUACUGGCGGACCCGCUGCCCCUGCCCGAUGAGAUGGACGGCUUUCGCGACCAUCUCGACAACCUGCGCUCUCAGCGCGCAGUGCGCCAGACGGAGCUGGACCAGCUGCGCAAGGUCAUCAAGCAUGACAUGAAGAUGCUCGAGCUGAUGCCCCAGACCGAUGCAGAGGAUCGCCUACUGAACGAUCUGAGCCACAAUCUAACACCAGAGACACUUGAGCGGCUGCGGCAGAUGCGCAACAGUUAUGCCGAGCAGAUCCAGGAGCUGCGCUCCAAAAUCCAUGACAUGCGCGAGAAGAUCUACGUGCUGUGGGAUCGCCUCCAGGAGACGGACGAGAGCGCCAUGCGACGAGUACGCGAGUGCACCGAGAAUACGCAGCGCACCUAUGACAUCCUCCAUUCGGAGCUGCAGCGCUGCCAGGCACUGCGCAGCCAGAACCUCAAGACGUUCAUCGAGCAGCUGCGCGUCGAGAUAAGCAAGUGGUGGGAUCUAACGCUCAAGAGCCAGCAGGAGCGCAAGCGUUUCUCCAACUACUACAAUAAGUAUUACAACGAAGACCUGUUGGAGCUGCACGAGCUGGAGCUGGAUGAUCUGAAGAGCUUCUACACGUGCAACAAGGAGAUUUUCGAUCUGUACGAGAGCCGUGCAGAACUUUGGUCGCGCAUGCAGGCUCUAGAGGCAAAGGCCAACGAGCCGAAUCGUUUCAACAAUCGUGGCGGCCAGCUCCUUAAAGAGGAAAAGGAACGCAAGGCCAUCAGCUCGAAGCUGCCCAAGAUUGAGCAGCAGAUCACUGAACUGGUGCACGCCUAUGAGGCGCAAUCGCAUGGCCCGUUUCUGGUUUAUGGCGAGAACAUACUGGAGCUGAUGGCUGGCGAAUGGGAGAACUAUCGCCAGGCCAAGCAGAGCUCGGCCCGCAAGAAGGCCCCGCCCACCACGAGGACGGGCAGCAGCAGCAAAUUGAUGAUGCCACCGCCGACUGCCGGUUCAACGGCCCCUCGCACGCCCCGAACUUUGAAGAACAUGUCCUCAAUGUCGACCUCGACAAUGUCGUUGCGCAAGACCCCAACAAUCCAGCUGAUCACUCCCAAUAUGACCAAGAGCACUGGGAAUCUGCACAAGCGACUGAAUCCAUCAGCAGCCGCCAGCUCUUCGGGGUAUCGGACUCCCAACGCCAAGCGCAGCCUCAUGAGCUCUCUGAAUUCGAUACGCCCGUCGCCGUCUACCGCACAGCGGCUGGCCAACAGCCAAGUGAAGGCGUCCAAGUCGCCACUAAAGCGGGUCCGCGUCCUGGACAACACAUUGCGUCGCAGCGGGGGAUUGGGCAGACGCAGCCUUGGCACACGCUCGAACAAGAAGCCACGCACAAAAUCAGCGGUGCCGGAUACAAGAUCGCCCAGCGAUUCCGAGUAUAUGACCGAUGAGACCACUGAAAAUGACCGCGAAGCCGGGAUCUCCUAUGACGAAUUUGUGCCCACGAGUCGCUCCUCAGUGCUGCCCGUCGGCGGGGCUCAGCGUCAGCGCAAUCGCGUGGCUGUGCCACGAAUUCGCCAUGUCCUCGUAAGCCACAAUUCGGUGUCGUCGGCCGCCAACACACCGUCAAAGCAGGCGGUCAAUCAGGAGGAGAGGCCUAGAUUUGGCAAUCAAUUGAAGCUCCCGUCGCCACGUGAAAGUCGCAUGUGGCCGAAUCCACGAUGAAUUAUCUAUCGAAAUUACUACUAAAAUGUACCUAUAUUUUGGAAUUUUUAUUUGCGUUUUAUGUUUGAUUUUAUUUUUUGUACCUUUAUCUGUUUAUCUCUGUUUCAUUUAUUUUCGAUGUUGGCCCAAUAAAAUAAAAUUAUCUUCAAGAAGGACAA